CGAGGCUGRUCCUGGUCCCGGUGCCCUCCCACCCCUCCGCUCGCUCGUCUCCUCCCCCUUCCUGCGCUCGGCGCUUCCCGGCGGAGCGGGGCCGCCGCGGGGACCGGCCGCGCCCGCUGCCGCUAUGGAGUGAACGAGGGGCCGCGGGGACCGGCUGGACCGGCCGCCCCCCGCCCGCGGCUGCUCUCUCCAGGUGCCUGUUUCAAGAUGUCCCUCUGGAACCUUGUGUCCCACAUGCCACCAGAGGAGUUCAGCAGCAGCCUCCCUGCAGAGUUUCCCCGGAGCCUGCGCUGUCUCCUGGCYGAGUGGCUGGAGAACCAGCCCUGGGAGUUCAUCAAUGGCUCGGAUGCCUUCUGCACCAGCAUGGCCAGCGGGAUGCUCUCRGCCAUGCUGGAGAAACUCCGCAGCGCUGCUGGCAGCGACGGGCAGCAGUGCCAAAUCCUGCAGCAAGUCAACAGCAUUGAGAACACCUUCCGCCGGGACCCGCUGCGGCUGGUGACCGUCGUGAGAGCCAUCCUGGAUGGCGAGAAGGCAGCCGUGCUCAAGCGGGACCACCAYCUGCCCCUCAGCUUCCACCGGCGGCAGGAGGAGCUCAAGUUCAGUCUCGGGCUGCAGCGGCUGCAGCACCGAGUSCGUGAGAUCCAGGCGCUCCGGGACGAGUGGGCAGGGCGGGAUGGGGCUGCACAGAGCCCCACAGCCCCCAAGGAUCUGCCCACCCUCAUUCUGGAGGCUGUGAAGGAGCUGGAGGCGGCCAAACAGCAGGUGCUGAAGAGGAUCCAGAUCUGGAAGAGGCAGCAGCAGCUGGCAGGGAAUGGUACCAUGUUUGAGGAGAACCUGGCGCCGCUGCAGAAGAGGUGUGAGAACCUGGUCGAGGUUUACUUCCAGCUGCAGCAGCAGGUGAUGGCAGCAAGCRCAGAGCUGGGGCCCGAGCUGCUGCCCCGGCUCCUGGAGCGCUUCAAUGAGGUGUUGUCCAGCCUGGUCAAGAGCUCCUUCCUGGUGGAGAAGCAGCCCCCGCAGGUGCUGAAAACCCAGACCAAGUUCCAGGCGAGUGUCCGGUUCCUGCUGGGCCCGCAGCUGCUGAAAGCAGCCCCGAAGCCCUACGUGGUGAGGGCUGACAUGGUGACAGAGAAACAGGCACGGGAGCUGGAGCUCAGCACCUACAGCAACACCCUCAGUGAGAGCACGGGGGAGAUYGUGCACAACACGGUGGCCCUGGAGACCAACCCCACCAGCGGGACCUGCUGUGCCAACUUCAAGAAUGUGCUGCUAAAGAAGAUCAAGCGCUGCGAGCGGAAGGGCUCGGAGUCGGUGACGGAGGAGAAAUGCGCUGUCCUGUUCAGCACCAGCGUGGCCUUGACCUCCAGCAACGYCACCGUCCACCUCCAGGUCCUGUCUCUGCCCAUCGUGGUCAUUGUCCACGGCAACCAGGACAACAAUGCCAAAGCCACCGUGCUGUGGGAUAACGCCUUCUCUGAGAUUGACCGAGUGCCCUUUGUGGUGGCCGAGAGGGUGCCCUGGGAGAAGAUGUGUGACACUCUCAACCUGAAGUUCAUGGCAGAGGUGCAAACCAGCAAGGGGCUYCUCAAGGAUCAUUACUUCUUCCUGGCCCAGAAGAUCUUCAACGACCACAGCGCCAGCUUUGAGGACUUCCAGAACCGUCACGUCUCCUGGGCCCAGUUCAACAAGGAGAUCCUCCCUGGGCGGGGAUUUACCUUCUGGCAGUGGUUUGAUGGAGUGCUGGACCUCACCAAGAGAUGCCUCAAAAGCUACUGGUCAGACAGACUCAUCGUGGGCUUCAUCAGCAAGCAGUAUGUGUGCAAACUGCUGAGCACAGAGCCGGAUGGGACCUUCCUGCUCCGCUUCAGCGACUCCGAAAUCGGGGGUGUCACCAUUGCUUACGUCAUCCGGGGAAAGGAUGGUUCCAGCCAGGUGGAAAACAUCCAGCCCUUCUCUGCCAAGGAUCUGUCCAUCCGCUCCCUCGGUGACCGGAUCCGGGACCUGGGGCAGCUGCGCAAUCUGUACCCCAACAUCCCCAAGGACCAGGCAUUCGGGAGUCACUACAACAAAGAACAGACAGGCAAGGACGGCCGGGGCUACGUGUCCACUGCCAUCAAGAUGACGGUGGAAAGUGAAAGGGACCAGCAGCCUCCAAGCACCAUGGGGGCCCUCCCCGAGGCCCCCCAGAUGCCGAUGUUCAACCUGCCCGAGCUGCGCCCUGAGAGUCUGCAACGAGUGCUGGACCCCAUGUGUCCCCCCCCUCCAUUCUGCCCCCAGCCCGUYCCCACGGGCUACCCCACGGUCGAGAGCAACAUCACCAUGAUGGUCCCCGACAGGCUCACGUCCCCCUUCCACAGCCAAUCACCGAUGCUCUCGCCGCCUCUGGGCAUGGACCCCUCGCUGUCGCACUGCCAGGACCCCGCCUUCAGGACCCCCGGCCCUUUCAUGCCCAACCAGUUCAUGCCUGGGGAGGUGCCGCAGCUGCUGCCCGGGGGUCCCUCUGCAGAGCCACAGGACGAGGAGAUGCCCGAGCUGCCCCCGUUCCCGGCCGCGGGGGAUGCGCCGCUGCAGAGCUCCCCGCGAUGGAUGGAGCAGUCGUUGGGCUCGGAGUUGGACCAAUUCGUCCUGCAGGAUGUGUCCCUGUUGUCCUCYUUUGCGCCCCUCCCGCAGCGCUCCGGGUACCCCGGUGCCAGCCCGUCCUGCUGGGGGCUGGGGGAGGCGCGGUGGGAUGACAACGUCCGGCCGGGACACGCGUGACAAGGCCACCAAGGGGAGGGGGACAUCGGACAGGGACCCCCCCCUCACUCCCUCCCAGCCUUGCCUCGGUUCAUGGACUUUACACAACUCGUGCUGAAGUGGAAACUCCAGCUCGGAAAGGAGGGGUYGGGGGGAUUUGGGGUAACCCCCGCCCCCCUCCUCCGCGCAUUGCUGCCCGCCCCCGCCGCUGCCGGGGGUCCGCGGGUGAGGGGGUGCAGGCGCAGGGGCCCCGUCCUGCGUGGGGGGCACCGGCAGCCGCACGCGGUGCCCCCAGCCCACGCCGCCGGGAUGAGUCACCGCGGGGGCGGGAGGCGGCAGCGCGAACGGCGCCGGGGCGGAGGUGCCAGCCCGGUGCCCGGCRGGGAGAACACCGGGACCCCCAUGGAGGGGGACACGGCACCCUCGCACCCCCGCAGUCAGCGCUUGCUUUGGGGUUUGGAGCUCCUCACCCACCCACCCCUCCCUCCAGGCUGGAGCAGGGGGCAGGAAGAUAAGCCAUAAAAUAAAGUUUUAUUCCAAAAUAACAAAAUAAAUAAUCUACUGUACACGGUACAAAGGAAGAGUCGCUAAUGCUCUAAAAAGACACCACACAGUCCUAACGG